GUUAAUUCAGUUGAUUCAGUAUAUCACUAGAAACCGAGAGCACAACAAUGAUGAUUUUUAUAACGGUUUUAAUGCUCAAUGUGUGGGCUAUAUCGGCAGAUGAUGUACUUUCACCAAACAUAAACAUCAUUGAAGACCAGGGGAAAAUAAAGAGCAUUGAAACAAUAAUGGAAUCUCUGGAGACUGAAAUGGAGCAACUAAGAACAGAAAACAAAGAACUGACCGCCACCGUUACAGAGCAGAAAGGAAACAUCAGAGAACUGAGGGAUGAGAUGAACAAGAAAAAUGAAGAAAUUUCAAAUCUUUCAAGUCAAGUGGAGGAGUUAAGAAAGGAAAAUAGAGGCAGAGAAAUAGCUUUUUCAGCGUCACUGGUGGAAUCUGGCGAUAAAUAUAUUGGUCCUUUUAGCACUCACUUCACAAUAACCUACAAGAACGUCUUCACAAACAUAGGGAACGCCUACAACCCAACUACAGGUGUUUUCACAGCCCCACUGAAAGGAGCGUACAUGUUCAGAGUCUCUAUAUAUGGUCAUGGCCCAACUCCAGCAACUGUAUCCAUUAUUAAGAAUGGAGAGAUUGUGGUUUCAGCAUAUCAAUAUCAGCCUCAGGGUGCGUUAAGCUCCUCAAAUGGAGUUGUGUUGAUCCUGGAGGUUGGAGAUGUUGUCUAUGUGAGACUUAAGGCUGGCAGGAGGAUAUAUGAUAACGAGAAUAACCACAGCACUUUCAGUGGUUUCCUACUGUUUCCCUUAAAAUAACAGGAGAUUUGAAGAAUGUGAUUCAAAUAAUUCUGAACUUUCAGCGUGUGAUUUAUGAUGAAAAUCAUGAAGAAUGAUUAACAUAUGAACCUGUCUUAAUGAGGACUAAUGUGUGUUUGAAAUUUGCAGUAGAUUACUGUAUUAAAGUCAGUAUAAUACAAUAUA